AUGCCGGAUUCCCAGACUAUCCCACCCUUUCCAAGCCUUGACUGUUGGAAGGCGGGGGACGCUGGUGAGCCCGGAGAGGGCGGGGCCGAGAAGGGGCGAGGCCGGGGUGGAGCCAGAGAACUUACCACGUGCGGAGCGGAGUUGAGCUCGGCAGCCAGGACCGGAGAUAGGCUGGGGGCCGGGGGGAGGACCAGAGGUUGGGGCGCCCGGCCCCGCUCUUCAGCCCCUGGGCCCCCUUUGUCCGUUCCCCGGGCUCCUCAGUCGGAGCUGAGCCUCCCGGAAUGCGGCGCGGCGCCCCAUCUCCGCCUGGCGGGGCGCGGCGCUGUCCACGGUCCUGAAGGGGAUCCGUCCUCGGCCAUGCCGGGGAACGGCAGCUUCCCGAACGCCAGCGAGCUCGCGGGCAGCGGCAGAGGGGGCCUGGGGGCCCUCGAGCCGCAUGUGGGCGCUCUGGUCGGGGGCAUCCUGCUCAUGGUCACCGUCCUGGCUGGCAAUGCGCUCGUGUGUGUGAGCGUGGCGGCGGAGCGGGCCCUGCAGACCCCCACCAACUUCUUCAUAGUGAGCCUGGCCGUGGCCGACCUGCUGCUGGCGCUCCUGGUUCUCCCGCUCUUCGUCUAUUCCGAGUACCAGGGAGGCGUAUGGACUCUGAACCCGGCUCUGUGUGAUGCUCUGAUGACUAUGGACGUGAUGCUCUGCACAGCCUCCAUCUUCCACCUCUGCGCCAUCAGCGUGGACAGGUUCAUCGCGGUCUCGGUGCCCCUGAACUACAGCCGGCGGCAGCUGGGGAGGCGGCAGCUGCUGCUCAUCGGCGCCGUGUGGGGACUGGCCUUCGCCGUGGCCGCGCCGGUGCUGUUCGGCCUCAACAGAGCCCCGGACCGGGACCCGGCCGUGUGCCAGCUGGAGAGCCGGAACUACGUCGUCUGGUCGUCGGUGUGCUCCUUCUUCCUGCCCUGCCCGCUGAUGCUGGUCCUCUACUGCGCGAUGUUCCGGCGCCUCCGGACCUGGGAGGAGGCACGCAGGGCCAAGCUGCGGCGGAGCCUGGGCCCGGGGGCCGCCCGCGGGCCCGGCCGGCCCCCCCAGCCCUGGCCUCGCCGGCGCUUUCCGGGGCCCGACGCGGAGGGCCCGGACGUGGGGGGCCGCGACCCGGAGGGCCCGGACCCGGAGGGCCACUCGGCCCGCGGCCCAAUCCAGACAGUGUCUUACCCGGCCGGGCCCCGGCCCCAGGCACCGCCCCCCGCCGGGCCCCCGAGAAAACGAGCCAAGAUCACGGGCCGGGAGCGGAAGGCCAUGAGGGUGCUGCCGGUGGUAGUCGGUGCCUUCCUCGUGUGCUGGACACCAUUCUUUGUGGUCCACGUCACCAGGGCGCUGUGCCCCGCCUGCCCCCUGCCCCGGGGGCUGGUCAGCGUAGUCACAUGGCUGGGUUACGUGAACAGCGCCCUGAACCCCAUCAUCUACACCGUCUUCAAUACGGAGUUCCGGAGCUUCUUUCGACGAGUGCUCGGGCUCCUUUGCUAG